CGAAGCAAGCGGAGGCAGGGGUCGGAGCGGCGGGGGCCGCGCCAUGGCCCAGCAGCAGAUGAGCAGCUCGCAGAAGGCGCUGAUGCUGGAGCUGAAGUCGCUGCAGGAGGAGCCGGUGGAAGGCUUCCGCAUCACCCUGGUGGACGAGUCCGACCUCUACAACUGGGAGGUGGCGAUCUUCGGGCCCCCCAACACCCUCUACGAGGGUGGCUACUUCAAGGCUCACAUUAAAUUCCCUAUUGACUAUCCGUAUUCACCACCUACCUUCAGAUUCCUGACCAAAAUGUGGCACCCCAACAUUUAUGAGAAUGGAGAUGUAUGUAUUUCAAUUCUUCACCCACCAGUAGAUGAUCCACAAAGUGGAGAGCUGCCAUCUGAGAGGUGGAACCCUACCCAAAACGUCAGGACUAUAUUACUGAGUGUAAUCUCUUUGCUUAAUGAGCCCAACACAUUCUCUCCUGCCAAUGUGGAUGCAUCAGUCAUGUUCAGAAAA